UCUACCAGGGAAAUCAUUUGAAUUACUUGGUUUGUGCUUGUGGUUUUAAUCUUGAAAUGGAUCCAUAUGGGAAAUUAUUAAUGAAUAGAUAUGAGUUUAGAAAAGCAAGAGGCCAAGGAAACUUUGCAAAAGUUUACAAAGCAAGGGACUUAAGAACUGGAGACAGGGAUGUUGUAAAGGUUAUUCACAAGGAAAAAGUCCGAGGACCUGGAAUGAUGGUUCAAACUAAGCGGGAGAUUGCAACAUUUGGAUGGGUUAAACACCCAAAUGUUUUGAGGCUUUACGAGGUUUUGGCCACCAAAACUAAGAUAUACCUUAUCUUAGAAAAUGCAAAAGACGGUGAGAUUUUCCCCCAAAUAUUAAAAGGUAACUUCAAUUAUUAUCAAACAAGACAAUACUUCCAACAAUUGGUAAGUGCUCUAGAUUUUUGCCACAAGAAGGGUGUCUACCAUCGGGAUUUGAAGCCCGAAAACUUGCUUUUAGACGAGAACAGUGUUCUUAAAAUAGCUGAUUUCGGGUUUAGCACAUUCAUAGAAUCUCAUCGCUACAACAUGUUGCAUACAAUGAGUGGAACUCCGAUGUAUGUAGCUCCAUAUGUUCUCCGUGGAAAAGGCUAUUAUGAAGAAAAAGAUGAUGGUUGGUCUUGUGUUGUAAUCUUAUAUGUUCUUUUGGCCGGUUACUAUCCAUUUUAUGAUCAUAAUUUAAUGGAACUAUAUCAGAAAAUCCACAAGGGAGAAUACAAAUGUCCCCCUGGAUUUCAGUCGAGAUACGUAGAUUAUUAUCAAUGAUUCUCAAUCCC